AUGUUCUCCCUCACCUUGGCGCUGCAUAUCGUCUCCUCCAGGCCGUUGUACGGACGGUCUUCUUCCUCCCCGCGGCGGCCGUACUCCUCCCUGGUCAGUGGCGGCGUGAUGACGUGGAGUCGUUGCCGGACGGUGAUGAUGUGGCCCCUAUCGUCGUUUUCUGACUGGAGGCUCUUGGCUGUCUCCUCGUCCACUCCGAAUACCUGGGCCAGAGUCCGAGAGUCGAAUCCCCGGAAAAUGUUGCCUUGCUCGUGUUGCUCUUGCUGCCGCCGGCCGCCCUGCUGUUGCUGCUGUUGUUGGGGGUUUCCGGCGAGGUGGAAUGACUGCAAUAUACAUCAUACAGACGUUAGACGGGUUACGGUCCAGUUGGUUAGCGGCAUUGUCCGUAUGUUGCAAGGCAACAACAAUCAGCUCCUCAUCGCCGGUAUUAUAGGCCCAAUGGGCCGCCCCAGCUGGGAUCGCAAUAAUGUCGCCCGUCUUGAAAUGUUCGAUUCUUUGGUGCCUAUCCCUAAACCUCUCCCUUCUCCCCUCCUCCGACUCUUCUAUAACAGGGGCAUUAUGGUAAGCCGGCAACAUGAGGCCUUUCGCCUGAAUCCGGUGGCGGUGGAGAGAGCCUCCGGCACACCGGAACUCGUCGGAAUUGUGAUCCCAAAACUCAGUCAAGCCGCCUUCUGA